AUGGACUCUCCGAGUCGCGCCCCUGCUCCGGCUAUGGCCCCAACCCAAGUCAAUAACGCAUACAGUACCUCGUUACGUCUGCCCCCACAGCUCGAUAUAACUUCAGGAAAUGUAUCAGAGAAUUUCAAACGCUGGAAGCGUGAAGUUGAGAUAUAUUUAGCUGCAUCGGGUGCAGGUGAACGUAACCAGCGAAUUCAAACAGCAAUCAUAUUGAAUUGCGCGGGAUCACAUGUUUUAGAGAUCUAUGACCAGAUCACGUGGGAAGAGGAAGGGGACAAGGACGACCCCAAUAAAGUAUUGCAAGCUCUUGAGAAAUAUUGCAAUCCCCGCGACAACGAGGUAUUAGAAUCACAUAGGUUUUGGAACCUACCCUAUCAAGAACCUUUUGAUAUAUUCCUGACUGAAAUGAAAACCAGAGUGUCUGCAUGUAACUUCCAGGAAAAAGAGAGAAUGAUGCGCGAUAAAAUAGUGUUCACAGUAACAGGAAAGUUACAGGAACUCUUGUUGAGGGAAGAUAAACUCACCCUUGAGAAAGCUGUCAAGGUUUGUAGGGCAUUUGAACAAUCAAAUAAGCAAGUAAGAGAACUUCGUGACACUAACCCCACAUCGAGAGUGAACAAAGUCGCUAGUAACUAUAACCAGAAACCAAACUCGAAGGGGAGGAAACCGUUCGUGAAACCUCAAAGUCAACAGAAACCCUCGAGACCGUCGCGUACCAAUACCAGUUCUAGUAAAGGACAUGAAUGUACUUUUUGUGGUUAUCAGCAUGCUCGACAAAAGGAGAAAUGCCCAGCAUGGGGUGCUACCUGUGAUUUUUGUAAAGGACGAAACCAUUUCAAAGCAAAAUGUAAGAAGGUACACGCAGUGUCACUCGCAAAUGAGGACACAAGUCUUGAUGAUGAAGAUGGAGCAUGGCUCAUGGCAGUUGAUUCCGGCAAACAACGAAUACAUGCGUCUUUGACUGUAAAUGACAAUUCUGUGAAAUUUCAGCUUGACAGUGCUGCUAAUGUUAAUACUAUUUGUCAAAAACAUGUGAGGAAGCCCCAAGUAACGCCCACAAAAGUGAAGUUAAAUAUGUGGAACAAGACUAACUUGGAACCUCUUGGGCAGUGUACCCUCAAGGUCACAAACCCCCGUACUAGCGUUGAAUCCAGUGUGACUUUCAUUGUUGUACCUAACGGACUCACCAACCUAUUAGGUCUGAAGACUAUUCAGGAACUUGGUUUUGUAACCAUUAAAGAUGACCGUUUCAUUUCACAAGUCAUGAAAACCCCACAUAAGCUUGGUGAUUUAGGUGAAGCAACCCUACGUACUGAUGGGAGCAUUCCAGCCAAAGUCUUACCGUGCAGGAAGGUGCCCCUAGCUAUUCAGGCUUCGGUAAAAGAGGAGCUUGAUCGACUGCAGGAUACUGGAGUACUCGUUCCUGUGACCGAACCAACACAGUGGGUCAGCCAGAUGGCUGUUGUACACAAAACUAAUGGAAAGUUGAGACUGUGUAUAGAUCCCCAACCACUCAAUACCGCGUUAAUGCGUGAACAUUAUCGACUACCUGUACUAGAUGACAUAUUGCCAAAAUUGAAGGAUGCCAAAAUAUUCAGCAAACUUGACAUCAAAGAAGCUUAUUGGCAUGUGCGGUUGGACAAACAGUCAAGCUUGCUCACAACAAUGAUUACGCCAUUUGGUCGAUACCGGUGGACCAGACUGCCAUUUGGUCUGAAGGUCUCCAGUGAGAUAUUUCAGAGAAAAUUAGAUGAAGCCCUGAGUGACAUUGAUGGUGUUUUCAGUGUCGUGGAUGACAUCAUUGUACCAGGUUGUGGUCCUGACCUCGUCUCCGCCCAAUGUGAUAAUCAGCAGAAGCUAGAAAACGUCCUGAAGCGAUGUGAAGAAAAACAUAUCACACUGAAUGAAGAGAAGCAAGAAACUGGUCUCAACGAAAUUGUAUUUCAUGGUCACCGUAUCUCGAAGGAUGGUGUCAAGGUCGAUGAUGCAAAGGUCAAGGCCAUUCAUGACAUGCCCUCACCCACUGACGUCUCAGGUGUAAAACGUUUGUGUGGCAUGGCACAAUACAUGUCCCGUUUCUUACCGGAUUUGGCAGAAACUUUGGAACCAAUCCGAGCUCUUACCCGAAAAGGAACGCCUUGGAACUGGUCUGUUGAUUGUGAGAAGGCGUUCAGAUUACUUAAGCAAAAGCUGACCACUACACCAUGUCUUGCAUAUUUUGACCCUGAUAAGGAGGUUGUCUUACAAGUCGACAGCAGCAAGGAUGGUAUCGGAGCCGUACUUCUACAGGAAGGGAGACCCGUAGAAUACGCGUCCAGAGCUCUUACGGUGUCAGAGAGAAAAUGGGCUCAAAUAGAAAAAGAAGCUUUGUCAGUGCUCUAUGGUCUUGAGCGUUUUGACCAAUAUACAUAUGGGAGAAACGUCACGGUGCAGAACGAUCACAAACCUUUGGCCGCCAUUCUGAAAAAAACCUCUGAGUAUGGCGCCAAAGCGUCUACAGGACAUCAUGAUGAGAUUCCAUAG